CGCCAGCAUUUGGCUUGUUUUCAUGAGGCAUGCUAUCUCUCCGCUAUGUCGUCUUCGGCCUCUUUAUCACCUUCAGUGCUGUAGUCGCAAGCGUCGCUGUUUGGAAUCUCACAUAUUUACAAGUCCUGUCAUCUUCUACGAAAGAACGUGCAAUUCAAGUUGACUGUUUCCUCAUAUUCCUCGGGUGUUUCGGACUCGUCGUCGCUUUUGCUAUUCUUUUCACCGAAUUAGCCUGGAGAAAUGCAUUCACGACUAGUUUUUGCUUCGAGUUGGCAUGGACAAGUCUCUGUGUGCUGAUGGAACUCGCGGGCGCGAUUGCUUCAACUGUUAUUAUUCCAGAACAGACGUGCACUAACAAAACCCACGGAAAUUUGAGCUGUCGUUCAACAAAGAUCCUUAUGGCUUUCACUUGGAUGAACGCGAUUUUAUUGUUGCUAUACAUUCCACUAUUGUGCAUCCACGUUCUUUUGUUCUCGACAGGAAAGAAUCGAGUCUGGUUCCAAAACAUCCACGAUCUACCCCCACUACAUCAAAGAAUGCCCGGUUCUCCGGCAAUUAGGCAAGCACCAGUCUCCAGCUGGAAACUUGAAACUGUUCUUGCUCCCCGACCGGUCCACGCAGCACCGCCGAUCUCAAUGUACUCUUAUCGUUCAGGGCUUGGUCCGGAAUAUAGGAUAGAGCAUUUCCAACCUCCCCAAGAUGAACCUGGGCGACGGUCACCUCGUCCAGUUAUCGCUUCCCAAACUUCGGAUUGUAACUAUCCCCCCUUCCGCAAUGCACUGUACCCCCAAUACCUCCAAUCAACUCUCGCAAGUAACCAACCAUCUGCCUCUAUAGCGACCCCUACUCCCAGGCAACAGAUAUCACCCACAUUCAUCUCUCCAUCAGCCUCCGACAACACAAGGCGCUCCCCUUUGGGUGAUUGGCCGCGGGCCGAUAUCAUAAAACACCCUUCCGAGCGGAAGAAGCAACCUCACGAAUCGAAGAUGCCAAUGAUGGAUCAGAAGAGAACGAGUGCUUCAUCAUCCCCUUCUAGAAUACGCCCGAGUGGACCUCGCACAAGCACGAGUCGGUCCCGUCCCCUCGAUUUAACCAGUUCAGGUUCCAAUGUUGAAGCUGCGGGCUGAUUUGGAUUUUCUUAUUUAUUAUGCAAAGUGCCUAUUAUCUGUACGCUCAUUGUACAUUACUGUAUGUAUAUUCUUUUACCGUCUAUCUACAACGAUCAAG